GUAUAUUUCUGUAAUACUUAUUGCUCCGACUCUUUGUCUAUUUUCAAUUUUGCAAAACUGCUGAUUGCCAACAGCUAAUAUUCCGGGCUAUAAAAGUUUAUCGAACAAUUUGAAAAUUGAACCUCAUUCGUAGAGGAAAAUGUGAAAUGUAAGAAUGUUUUUCUAUCGUAGUACCUACUUUAGUAAGUAGGUAUCUAGAUGAAAAUAUGCGUCAUUUAAAUAGGAAAUUCCUUCUCUAUAUCUUGUGAAAACAUAAAUAUUUAUUCUAUUUUCCUAUGAUAUCAUCCACUAUAUAAGUAUAUUACCGAUUGGAAUUUAUGCAUUACGAUGGAAUUUAAUUCUUACCUAAAAAGUGAAAAAAUUCAAAAAAGAAAAACACAUAUUCUAGGUAAUUCUGACUAGAUUUGCAUAAAUUAAAUGCACUCUUCUUUUCACACCUAAUCAUAUACAGUAACAGUACGACGUCAUAGCCGAUGGGUGACUCUCGGAAACAUGUACGUAUAGAUAAUCAAUGAACGCUGAAGAAGAAUAUGUUAGGCUAAAAAAAACGUUACCGUAAUAACAAUUAUUCGACCGAAGGUAAAUCGGAUUAACUUGGUUAACUUCUAACGUAAGUGACUCAUGAUACAUCAUCUUUGCAUCCAGUUUCAAAUAACCCAGCACAACUGGAGGGUAGUGGUAGUGGCAAGGAAUUGUUAACAACCUAGAACUACUCAGCCUACCACCUUUACUCGAUCGGACUUGGAGUUUGUGUACGCGUGAUUUAAAGUACCCGUUGUGCAGUGAUCGGUGCGGUCGUACGAUUAAAUCGGUUUCAGUUUCGUGUAUUUUUUUUCAUCGCAAUUCGAUAAAUUCAUGCGCGUUGGUGUUUUGUGAAUUGUGCUUGUGAUUGGAUUCGCCACUAUUCAGCAAUUCAGCAGUAUUUUCACAAAAAAAAACGAUGAUCCAAUUAUCAACUAGCAGUUCCCAAUAAAUUGAAAUCACCAUGGACUUAUUCACUAGAAACCAUCCGAAUCAACUAGCUAUGCUGGGAUAUCGUGAAAAAGUCGACAGCAUAAACGAGUCUAAUUUUUAUAAAAUGAUACCAGUUAAAAAUGAAACCAAACACAUCAAAAAGAAUCUAUCUCCGAAGGAAUUUUUAGAGAUGUACUCGUUACCGAGAAUCGUUAAAAUCACACCGGAAGAACCGAUAGCUACCAAUGAAUCCUGUGAUCCGUCCACUUUGCUCAAUAGCACAUUGCUACUGUACAAGCAGUACCAAAGUGGUAAAAUCGAAGCCAAAAAAUAUCCAGUGGAAGGUAGCCAAAAGGAGAUUUCAACUGUAGUCAUUCCUGAUACAUACCAAGGUUGGUUCAGCGUCAUGACUGAACGUGGUCAAGUGAAAGCAAGGCAAUACACGACAGUUCAACGUUUAAUUACAGCUCAAGUCACCGCAUUUUUAAUUAUCGGCCCGGAUGUGAUCGGAUAUUAUCAAAAUUACCGAAAAACUACAGACGGAGCUAAAUCCAGAUAUCACUACAUAAAAACCACCAUAAGCAGCGGACAAGUAUUGAAAUUAUUAGCUGUAUACGAAGACAUCGCUGAGCAAUCAACACGUUCAAAACGACUGUCGUGGCCUUUACUAGGUUCAAAACAACAAAGCACGCAGUACGCGCAAUGCAUGACAAUUAGAAAACAAAUCGUGUACAUACCGAUGACAACGCAUGGAUAUUUUUACGCAGUUUCGACCGCCAAUAAUACCGCAGAAGAUAAUGUCAGUAAAGUGUAUCAGAUCUCUAAAUUAUUACAAGUUUUCCCUUUACCGGUUCGAGUUUGUAGCAUUUAUCCUCAAAAAAUUAACGGUUCCAUUCUUUUAGAGAGUUAUCAUAAAGAAGACGUAAUGCUAGCUUGCGUAUUAGACGACAAACAUAAUAUCGGUUCGAAUAAAUUCAGAUUUCUGGAAAUCGACACGAAUUCGAAGUUCUUCGUUAAUCGAGUGCCAGACGAACAUCGCCUAUUCAAGAAAACACGCGUUCAAAAAGCAUUACGAAACUGUCAUACGGAUAGUGAAAAAUGGUGUCAACAAUUGAAAAUAAUUCAUCACAUAUACCCGAGCAAAAAGCAACCAGUCGAUAGCAGCAGUAAUAGUAAACUUAAAAGAACGAGGCGAAUUUCUCUGGGUGACAAAAAGACAGUAAAAUCAGCUUCGUUUAGAUAUUCGACGAGUUAUGGAGAAGACAAUACAAAUAAAAUUAUGCAAAGAGCACCGUCGAAUAUGUAUAAACCAGUUUCACAUACACAAGCGCCGGCGCCGCCGCCGCCGCCGCCGCCAGUUUAUCUGAAUAUUGCUUGUAAACCGAACGAGGAAAAUUGUUCGUCUUUACCUAUUCAAAAAUCACAUAGGACUAUUUUAGAGAAUGAAGUUUUACAAUGUAUAUUACAAAACCAAAGACAAAACGAACAAAAACACACCGAUCGGUGGGAAAAAUCGUAUCAUGAUAGAGAUCGUCUGAAAAAAUCGGCCAGUGAUAGUAGUUACCUUAGAUUCAACGAUCAAUUAGUUAGGGUUACCAAUAACGAUCGUAAGAUUCAAGUUACCAAAAAUAAUUAUAACGGAGUUAGCGAAUGUAUAAAUAUACCUAAGUACCAAGAUCCAAAAUAUAAAGUAGUCAAGAAAGAAAACAAUUUUUACGAACAGAAAGUUUCGCCUGAUCAACCAAUUUACAAAACACAAGUUACAGUCAAAAUAAACGAUUCGUAUUCCGUCGCUGCGGAUGCACUCAGGUCUAAAAAUGGAAACAGUACGGAUAAUAUUUACGCAGAAAUCGACGAAUAUCCACAUCUCAUAAAUAAUUAUCCUAUUUAUUCGAAGAAUGUGUGUUAUAUUAAUGAUAAUUGCUCUAAUUCUUUUAUAAUUGUUCCUUCUACCUCAACGGUUAAUGUUUCGUGAAAUUUUUAUAAUUUUUUCCAUAUAAAUUCAUAAAAAUGUCACUAUUUUUAAUCAAACAUCAAGUUGAAAGCAAAUUUUUGAGUUUUAAGGAUCGAUUUUUUUCCGACCUACAUUAAUUUACUGAGUGCUCAAUACCUAAAACGAUAUCGACUGCAAUGGAAUGAAAUUAAAUUUUAAUUUUUAAUAAUUGAAUAGCAUUAAAAAAAAUAGUUUUGCAAUUGAAAAUAAAACUCAUAGAAUUCUUAUUUAAAAAUAUUGUAAAAAGAUAUGUACUUGUAAAAAUGAAUAUCAUUUUAUAUGUUUUAUUUGUAUGUAUAAUUAUUAUUGUAUAUAUUGUAAUAAAAAAAAAUCACUUGUUCUCUUUUA